GCCCUUCAUAGGACAGCGCACAACGGUCAAAGUCUCUCUCUCUCGCUUGUGAAGUAAAGGGACGCUCUAUCUGUGCGUGGCAGAGUCUCAGGAUGAAGAUCGCCGUGCUGGGAGCGACUGGGCAGACCGGGCAGUUUGUGGUGAGCCAGGCGCUGCAGCAGGGCCACAUCGUCACUGCCGUGGUCCGGGACCCGGCCAAACUGGACGUGCGCCAUGACAACCUCAAGGUGGUGGAAGCCAACAUCUUCUCGGUGGACAGCCUCAAGCCCCACUUUAGAGGGGUGGAGGUGAUCGUCUCCUGCCUCGGCUUCCCCACCUCCUUCUUCUCCAGCGUGACGGGAUACACCCUCUCCAUGAUGGCCGUGACCGGGGCCAUGCGGGAGGCGCGGGUCAACAGGAUCAUCACCAUGACGUCAUGGUACACUGACCCCAACUCCGGAACCCAGUCGCCGUACCUGAUUCGCUUCCUGCUGCUGCCCAUGAUCCGGAGCGUCCUCACCAACAUGUUUGAGAUGGAGCAGUUCCUGCAGAGCGUCGACGACAUCAACUGGACCGUGGUUCGCCCGCCGGGUCUCAAGAACCUUCCGUCCUCAGCGUUGGAGUUCUUGACCCACGAGGGUUACUGUGUGCCUGACAGCAGCGGCCGUCCGGUGGGUAGCACCAUAGGGCGGGGGGACGUGGCCCGCUUCAUGCUGUCCCUUCUCAACAAUAACGCAUGGGUCAAGAAGGGAGUCGCCAUCAUCACCAAAUGAGGAACGGCAACAUUGUACUGAUUACAUGCAGUCAUUCAUGGCCAAAUAUAACAUGCAUGUCAUGUCUCCUGGAUGUGGGAAUAAAGUGUUAACAUGUUUUUAAUAUGGUGCAAGGAGAUGUUUAUUGC